UCCAACGAUCUGGAAAUGACCCCUGGCUAUCACAUGGCUCCUGAGCCUGUCCAUAUUUCUGAGGGUCGGUCUUGAGAUUUUUUUCUUUUUGUUUUAUUUAGAUGCCGCAUACACUGACAAUAUCAAGUAUGGUGCUAUAAUAUUUCUAACCUACUCCAAUUGUACUUACAUUCCGUUUGCAUUUCCUCACGAUGCUUGUCAGUGUAGCCAACAUUGUGGUGGGGUUCAUUGUGUUGUUUGUAUCUGCUGCUCCUACGUGCCCGCUCGAUGGACCUGCUUUCCCCAAACCUCUUCGUCUUUCCGAAAAUGAGGCGGUUAAAACUGCCGUAGCAAACUUGCAGGAAAAGUUCGUUAAUAUCACGGCAGGGGCUCAGAAUUAUUCCAUGUCGAUACAAGUCUUCUCAGCCAACGACCCAAUACCCCUAUUCUCUUUGUCGCAUACGGCACCGAGCCUCGCAAGCCAAAAUACAACUGGAGUAAAAACGGUGGACGAAAACACUAUAUUCAGACUCGGAAGCCUGACUAAAAUUUACACGAUAUACGCCUUCUUGAUCAAUGCGGGCGAUAGCCACUGGAACGAACCUAUCACCAGAUACAUACCCGAACUACAAGCACUAGCUAAUCGAUCGGACCCUGUAAACUAUGUAGCAUGGGAUGAAAUCACUCUUGGAGGGCUAGCAACGCAAUUGACAGGAAUUCCGCGUGAAUAUGCGUUACUUGGAGAACUUACACAGUCAAGAAAAACAAGGGGCCAAGUGAUCCAGCUUGGAUUUCCACCUUUAUCCCAGGAUCAAAAACCUCCAUGCGGAGCGUUUCCAACCUGUGAUCGAGCACAAUUUUUCCAAGGAAUUGGCUUAUUCUAUCCAUCUUUGGCACCUUUUCAGUCGCCAGCGUACUCCAAUGUCGCAUUCCAGCUCCUAGGCUACGCUCUCGAAACGAUCACGGGAAGGGCUUUCCAAACUCUAUUGGACGAAACAGUAAUCAAGCCAUUGGGAUUGAACAAUACAUUUCUUCGAGCUCCAGAGGAUUCACGGGGAAUCAUACCUGGUGAUCACGUCACAACGGGAUGGGCAUUUGACAUAGGUGAAUCGGCCGCGACUGGAAAUAUGUAUGCGUCGGCAUCAGAUUUAUCUGCCUUAGGUCGAGCAAUCCUCAGUCAUAGAUUGCUUUCACCGGUUACGACCCGCCGCUGGCUAAAGCCGUUUGCAUUUUCGUCGGACCCGCUAGCUAUGGUCGGUAUGCCUUGGGGGGCUAGGAGGAUUAAGUUGGAAGACACAUAUCGAUAUACUACGGCUUUUAACAAAGCUGGAAAUAUAGGAGACUAUUCAGCCCUCUUGGCCAUAUUACCGGAUUUUGAUAUAGGAAUAUCGAUUCUUCUCGCCGGUGAUCUCCCUGGCAAUGCUGGAUUUGGUCUUGCUGAUAUCAUCGGAGAAUCUCUUCUUCUAUCGAUAGAAGAAGCUGCUCGAUCUGAAGCGGGUUCAUUAUAUGCUGGUCAUUACGUUUUCCCGGACGGAAAAUUGAAUUCAUCGAUGACAAUUACUACUGACGAGCUCCCUGGGUUAAGCAUUUCCCAGUGGUUCAGCAACGGGACAAAUUUUGCUCGGAUAGCUACAGCCCUACAGAACCAGUACACCCCAGUCACUCCGCGCAUUAGGCUUUAUCCAAGCGGACUUGAGGGACCUGCUGAGGAUGGUGGAAAGCGCGUUGCCUUCAAAGCAAUGUUCGAAGAUGCGGACGCCCCGAGAAACGACAAUAAGAUGUUCUCGACUGAGUGCGGGUCGUGGGUCUCGAUCGAGUCGGUGAUAUACGGAUCGGCAGCUAUGGACGAGCUCAUUUUCAACCUAGAUUCUGGCGGCAAGGUUGUUAGUGUUACAUCCCCAUCGUUGAGAGUUACCUUAAACAAAGAAUAAUAUUGUAUUUAUUCCUGUCAAUUGUGUAUCACAUUCACGAGACGUAUACAUCAUAACCAUGUUUCUACCUAUUGUGAAAAAGAUCGGGAAGUCAGGGCCGGGUUCUUCGUUAGCCCCCUUUUCUUUCUUUUCCAUCUAGAACUACAUAGGUAGAAUGGCAUGGAUGCAAAUUUCUAUAACAUUGAUUAUAGACCUUGGUUGGGACACCGAUG